AAUUUUAAAGUUAUUUAUUGAAGCUUAUUUAUCUGUAUUUUUUUACUCUUAUAUACUUACCAUUUAUAAUACACAUGAUAUUUUAUGCCAAGCCUCACUUUCUACACAAACACCUCAAAUACAAGCCUGCUUUCCACAACUUAUUUACAAACACAAAAAAUAUUUUUUUAAAAGCUUCCUCUAUAAAAAACAAAUGAUAAAUGAUAACACGCGGCGUAAGUAAAUCAAAACUUAGUUUCGGCAUUAGCAAAGCACAGACGAUCCUUAGAGAGUUUAGUGUGCAGUCGUGAGUUGUGCCAAGUUGGAACAUGCCUGCCCUGUGGACAGUGCUGACGGUGGUGCUCGGAACCUGGCCUGCUGAAGCACUCAUCUUCCAUUUAAAUGAAUCGGAGUACCAGCGCAUGCCGCCGCUGUUCGGGCUGGACGACUACCAGGUGUGCCUGAGCGAGCCGGGGGGGCUGUACUGCCUCGCCAGGCUCGACCUGUACGCCGAACCUGACAACCAACUUAUGCUGAUGAUACAGGAAUACUCAGCCGUAGUCUCAAAACACUACAACCAUACCGCCUUAGACCGUGGCAUCUGCGUGAGACGGACAUGCGCAGACUACGUUGGAAACAGAACCCUCAACAGAACAGAGUUAGAAGAAGCUAUAUCAGCGUGCUUAAACCACGAGAUCCAGCGUCAGUACGGCUUGAAGGCGCACUUAUCCAGGCUCUAUUACUGCGAUGGGCCUGGUGGUAGUACCAUCGAUAAUGCUGAUGUGUUGGACUGGUGUGUGGCGGGGAUAUGCGCGGCGUUCGUCACUGCGAGCAUCCUCGGCACGUUGUAUGAUUAUGUGCUUAAUUUUUAUCAUGAAGAUGAAAAACAGAGAGGGAAUAAAUACUUGCUAAGUUUCUCCGCGAUACGGAACUGGCAGUGGCUGGUGACUGCCGAUCACAGCGACCCGAGACUCGAGAGGCUGAAGGGGUUUCAUGGCGCCAGGUCGAUUACAAACGUGCUCAUCGUGUUUGGACACUCGAUAUCUCUGAUGGGCGCUGGCUUCAUAGACUCACCGCAUACUUUUGAAAACACAUACGAACAGACCCCCUACCGCAUCAUCUACAACGGGCUGACCAUAGUGCAAGUGUUCUUCGUGAUGUCUGGCUUCCUGUUCGUAUACAACUAUCUCAUUCGCACCGAGAAAACGAAAGCCUCGUGGAAGGCAAUACCGGUCGUCAUGCUGAUCAGGUGGUGGAGAUUAACCCCAUCAUACGCUAUGAUGGUGGCGUUCACGGCGACCUGGCUGCGGUUCCUGGGCACCGGCCCGCUGUGGAACCUGUACGUGACGUCGGGCGUGGUGGCCGACUGUCGCACCUACUGGUGGCACCACCUGCUCUUCAUACACAACUACUUCCCCAACGAUAAGUUCUGCGCCGUGCAGAGUUGGCACAUAGCAGUAGACACACAGCUGUUCUUCGUGGGGCUGUUGGUGUACGUCCUGACGCGAAAGGUCGCGCGGCAGGUGAUGCUGGGCAUCCUGCUUGUGUUGGGCAUUGUGUUACCAGCGCUGCAAGUAUGGUUCUACGACUUGGAUGGAAUGAUGCUGCUCGCGCCCGAGUUCCUGCGCACAAUGGAGAGUGAUACCUUCCACUACCUGCACGUGUACGGACACACCAACUUGGCGGGCUACGUGGUCGGCAUGAUCUGCGGCGAACUCAUCUACAGGUGGCAAACCGACGGACACAAAAUCACUCACUCGCUCUACGCGAAAGGUCUCUGGCUGGUGGUGCCAGCAAUUAUAGCGUUGCUGUACUCCGGUCAGGGAUUCUACGCCGACGGGGAGCGCGCUUCUGUCCCCGUGAGGAUGGUGUACGCGUCCACCAACAGACUGGUGUUGGCGCUUAUAGCAGCGUUUGGCUUCAUCGGAGUGGUCAUGAAGAGUAAAACGAUCCUCCGGCACCUGAUGGAGUGGCGCGGCUGGCUGGUGCCAAGCCGGCUCUCCUACAGCGUAUUCCUGCUGCAUUUCAACUUCAUCUUCCUGCUGCUGGGACUCAAGACAAGCAUGUCCCCUGUCUCAUACUAUUAUAUGGCUCUAUGGCAUCUAGGCAUAACAGCCCUAUCUUACAUAGUAGCUGUACCAUUCUUCCUACUGGUGGAAGCUCCACUCAACAGACUGAUGAAGAAUAUCCUCACCAACUUCUCCCACCUGUCCUCGAACGGGGAAGUCCAGCUCCCGAAACAAGAAAAAACACAGUUCUCUAGAUGCUAAGAUAGACUAAUACUACGAUGUGAUAUAUUUGUAAAUAUUAAAUUAUAAGUAGUAAAUGAUAA